UCCCCCCCCGAGAACCAAAAAGUUGCCUUUUUUGAGAGCCAUGACCCAAACCCGAGCGUUUUUUUGCCUCUAACACCACCACCACCACCAACCACCACCAAAUGCCACAACCCAACCCUUGAAGCGCUGUCGGCGAGCAAAAUAAUUGGCCUCUAGGUUUUCCUGCCAUGGGCUCGGGCCCCAUCGACCCCAAGGAGCUCCUGAAGGGCUUGGAUUGCUUCCUGGGCCGCGAUGGAGAGGUCAAGAGCAUGGAGGGCAUCACCAAAAUCUUCAACCUGAUGAAGGACUCGCAGAAGCUCGUGAGCCGCUGCAUCUACCUGAACAUCCUGCUGCAGACUCGGGCCCAGGACAUCCUGGCCAAGUUUAUCCGGAUCGGGGGUUACAAGCUGCUCAACACUUGGCUCACCGCCUCCAAAGCCACCAACAAUGUUCCCUUCCUGCAGCAGAUCCUCCUCACCCUGCAGCACCUCCCCCUCACUGUGGACCACCUCAAACAGAACAACACAGCCAAGCUGGUGAAGCAGCUCAGCAAAUCCAGCGAUGAUGAAGAGCUGCGACGCUUGGCCUCCAUCCUGGUCAGUGACUGGAUGGGAGUCAUCCGCUCCCAGAGCAGCACCCAGCCAGCUGAACGGGACAAGAAGAAGCGGAAGGAGGAAGGCAAAGGCAAGGCCCCGGUGCAGGACAAGCCCCAGGAGGCUAAGGCUGAGGCUAAAGCUGAGGAGAUGCCAGAGAAGAAGAGGGAGAAGCCCAAAUCCCUGCGGACCACAGCUCCCAGCCACGCCAAAUUCCGCUCCACUGGCCUGGAGAUGGAGAUGCCUUCCUUGGUGCCUGUGAAGAAAGUGAACUCUGCCUCCAGCAGUGACAAAUACAACCUGAAACCUAUGCCCAUCAAGAGGCAGAACAUUUCCCUGCCUGGGGACCUGCCCCCAGCCGAGAAGAAAUACAAACCCCUGAACACAGCUCCCAACGCCACCAAGGAGAUCAAAGUCAAGAUCAUCCCUCCCCAGCCCAUGGAGGGCCUUGGCUUCCUGGAUGCCCUCAACUCCGCUCCCAUCCCUGGCAUCAAGAUCAAGAAGAAGAAAAAAGUUCUGUCCCCUACAGCUGCCAAGCCCAGCCCCUUCGAGGGGAAGCCCCCAGCCGACGCCGGCUCCACCAAAGCCAACUCCCCGGAGCCCAGCGCCGCCGCGGAGCCGCUGGAGUCGGAGCGGCCUGGCACCCCGGUGCCAGCUGUGGAGGUGGCAGAGCCAAUGGAGACUGGCUCAGCAGAUGCAGGAGGGGACCCCAAAGGCAAUGAGCUUGGCUCAGAAGGAGGCCAACUGAGCAAGAAGGGGAGGAAGAAGAAGACAGUGACCUGGCCUGAGGAGGGCAAGCUGAGGGAGUACUUCUACUUCGAGCUGGAUGAGACUGAGAGAGUCAACGUCAACAAGAUCAAGGACUUCGGGGAGGCUGCCAAGCGGGAGAUGCUGCUGGACCGGCACGCCUUCGAGACCGCGCGGCGCCUCAGCCACGACGCCAUGGAGGAGAAGCUGCCCUGGGCCUACCCCAAGCCGCUGGACCUGCCUGCGCCCCUGGUGCUGCCCGGCAGCGGCAGCCGCGAGCGCUUCACCCAGGCCGAGAGGGUCAAAGGCAUCCUGCAGGAGCUCUUCCUCUCCAAGGAGAGCGUCCCAGACAGCCCCCACGAGCCUGACCCAGAGUCCUACGAACCUCUGCCGCCCAAACUGAUCCCUCUGGACGAGGAGUGCUCCCCGGAGGAGAUCCCCUUCGGCGAGGAUCCCGGCGGCUCCUCCUCUCCCUGCCCCGAGGGCUCCGGCGGCCUGGGGGGGCCAGGCGCCCCCCCCCCGGGCACCAAGCUGCCCCCGGUGCUGGCGAACCUGAUGGGCAGCGUGGGGGCAGGGAAGAGCCCCCAGGGCCCCGCCCCAGCCCCCCCCAUCAACAUGCAGGAGAUCCUCAGCUCCAUCAUGGGUGGUCCCAGCCCCCACAAGGCCGAGGAGCUGCUCAAGCAGCCGGACUACUCCGAGAAGAUCAAACACCUGCUGGGCAACCUGCAGGGCCCGGGGCCUGCCGGAGUACCCCACGGGCUGCUGGGCCCAGGCCCCAUGGCCAACGGCUUCCCCCCAGGCCCCAAGGCCAUGCAGCACUUCCCCCCGGGGGGGCCCAUGCCCGGACCCCACGGAGGCGGUGGGGGAGGUCCCAAUCACCCCCCGGGCCCGGGCCUGCCCGGGGGCCCUCGUUCUGGGACGGUCCCGACGGGGGGGGGGGGGUCCUUAAGAGGAGGCCCCCCCCCUCCUCCUCCCCACGGCGGCGGCGGCAUGCGGGGGGGGGGCCCCUUCCACCGGCCCCGGGGGCGAAGCGGCGCCGAGCCCCACCCCUACCGAUGCCGCGGAGGAGGGGGCGGGGGGGGACGGAACGGGGGCCCCCCCAAUGGCGGCGGCGGUGGUUCCAGGGGGGGGCCCCCGGUGAGCCACGGCGAGCACGGCAGAGGCCACCCCGGAGACCACCCCCGGGGGCACGGCGGGGGCCACGGAGGAGACAUGUCGAGCCGCGCCGUCUGUCGCCACUUCAUGCUGAAGGGCAGCUGCAGGUACGAGAACAACUGUGCCUUCUACCACCCCGGCGUCAACGGCCCCCCCCUGCCCUAGCCCCUGC